AUGUGUUUUGCCACCAAGUGCCCCUCUCCUGAACUUUUCAUAUUAAAGUGUCAGGUCCUGCUUAAUGCCAUCUACUCAAUCUCUCUCUUUUUUUCUUUUAGGUUAUUUGAUGUGUGCACCGUGUCACGAACAGACAGAGAAACCAAACUAACAUUAGUGUUUGAACAUGUUGAUCAAGACUUGACCACUUAUUUGGAUAAAGUUCCAGAGCCUGGAGUGCCCACGGAAACCAUAAAGGACAUGAUGUUUCAGCUUCUUCGAGGUCUGGACUUUCUUCAUUCUCACCGAGUUGUGCAUCGUGACCUAAAACCACAGAACAUUCUGGUGACCAGCAGUGGACAGAUAAAACUGGCUGACUUCGGCCUUGCCCGCAUCUACAGUUUUCAGAUGGCUCUUACCUCAGUGGUCGUCACGCUGUGGUACCGAGCCCCAGAAGUCCUGCUCCAGUCCAGCUACGCCACCCCCGUGGAUCUCUGGAGCGUUGGCUGCAUAUUUGCAGAAAUGUUUCGUAGAAAGCCUCUUUUUCGUGGAAGUUCAGAUGUGGAUCAACUAGGAAAAAUCUUGGACGUAAUUGGACUCCCAGGAGAAGAGGACUGGCCUAGAGAUGUGGCCCUUCCCAGGCAGGCUUUUCACUCAAAAUCUCCUCAGCCUAUUGAGAAUUUUGUAACAGAUAUUGAUGAACAAGGCAAAGACCUGCUUCUGAAGUGCUUGACAUUUAAUCCAGCCAAAAGAAUAUCUGCCUACGGUGCCUUGUCUCACCCAUACUUCCACGACCUGGAGAGGCGCAAGGAGAACCUGGAUUCCCACCUGCCGCCCAGCCAGAACAACUCGGAGAUGAAUACAGCCUGAGCGCCCAGCCACUGCCUUGAGCUGUUGACCCGGAGAACAACGUUGGUGGCUGAUGGGUCCUGCUGCAUAAGCCGCGCAGAGCUGUUGAAGAUCACUGGCUGGAGACCUGUCGGCUGCUGUCUCCUGGACGGCUCUGCUUCUCCACGGAAACCAACUGUUUACCAUUUGAAAUCAAUGCAAGAAUGAUUGCAGCUUUAUGUUCAUUCAUUUGUUUGUCUGUCUGUUUGUUUGUUUCAAAAACCUGGAAAAAUUCCAGAAGAGAAGCUGCUGACCAAUUGUGCUGCCAUUUCAUUUUUCUAAUCUUGAAUGCUGCCAAUGUAAAGUGAGCAAUCCAGGCACAGCUGAGUUAUGAUGUAAUCUCUCUGCAGCUGCCGGAGCCUGAUUUGGUACUUUUGAGUGAGCGUGUGUGAGUGAGUAUGUGUGUGAUUCUUGAUCUCUUAAAAGUGUUACUUUCUGUAAACAGCAAGAAUAAUUGAAUUUUAGAGACUCAGAGACCCAUAAAUAACAGGCAUCUGUUGACUGAAGCUGAUUCGCCAGAAUGGGCUUCUCAAAUUAGAAAGUUGAGCCUAUGUCCUCAGAAUUCCUCUUCCAGCCAAAAGUAGUAAAUUUGUUAGUAGUAAAAGUUACACUGUCUAGAUGAAGUUUUGUACACGCAGCAAAGAGAAAAAAAUUCUAGAAUCUUUUAAGAGACCUAUUUUUUAAAGCACACAUCCUAUUUACUCUUCAAAAAGCGGAAUUUAUUCAUUCUAAGUAAAUUUUAACCUGUAUAUUACACUUUAUUGUUCCUUUUGAAGAAAAAAUACCCGAUAAGCUCUUUCUUACCUAGCCAUAUAGAUUUAGGGAGUAUACCUCAAGUAGAUAAAAUUGUCCAAAAAAAAUAGAGAAAGCAUUUAUUUCUUGGUUUUUAAAUUUAUUUCCUUUGUGUUGUUUCUGUUGUUUUGUUUUUGAUUUUAGCAAUUUGUCAGAAACUGUUUCCUGGUUUGGUUUGGAGAGUAGUUCUCUGACUAGAGGCAGGAAUGCCGUUUAAGUUUUCCCCACCUAUUACACUGUACUUCUUCCACAAUGCACUGCCUGUCUUCAAAGCAUCCGUCUUGUCCGUCCCCCAGUGCCUCCAAUAUAUAGUGCUGCCAGUACAUAGCUAAUAACAGAUUACUUAAGCUGUUUGCACUCUCUCUCUCUCUCUUUCAAUGAACGUUUCGUAAAUAGAUUCAGACUAUGGGUUAAGGCUGCAAUUCCAUGAUCCUUACAGGAUCUCCUACGUUCUCGCUCUAAAGCCGUCUUCCUACCUGGCGUUCAGUGUCGUUACCUAGGCAAGGAGCAUAGAAGACUGGUUCUUCUGUAUCACCAGCAGAUAAGAUUGCUUUAAACUGUUAACUGUGUUUUACGUUUUCACUGAAUAUAUUGUCAAUGUAGUGUCUAAGGGAUAUCUUUAACUGUUUUUUAGAAAUCAGUAACUACUCUACAGGAUGAUCUUUCCCCCUCCCCCAGGCUAUGCUCCUUCAGGUGCCUUGCGCGCGUAUUCCUGCUCUCCGCAGAGCCAGCCUGACUCGGGCAUUGUGAACAGCUUUACUUCUUAUCUUGCCAUUUUCUCUAUAGUGCUUUGUAUUCCAUACCAUCUCUGCCUUCCUGAUGUGUGAUUAGUGCUGUUUUGGCUCUAAGAACCACAAGACACAGAGAUCAAGUAUGUUUAGGGAAUUUUACUGGCUUUGCCUUAUGACUCACAUUUUGAGUUCAUGCAACAGUUAGUCAUGCAACAGUUAGGGUCAGGGUUUUCAAGAAUGGAUGUUGCUUCGCUCAGAAGAAAAUGUUGCAGCUAGUGUUUAUUAUAUAUAAAAAUGUUUAUGCCUAGUCAAGCCUUACUGAAUUCUUCACAGCUUAAUAUUGUAUAUGACUAUCUUGAACGGGAGAAAAAUUAGGAGACUUUUCUCCAUGAGAGCUUCUUGGGUCAGGAACCAUUCAUUUUUAAUACAUACAUUGUUUAACAUUGCUCUGAUUCAGUAACUUGAAGAGCAGGAAAAUUUGUGUAAAGCAAGAAACAGAUGAGAAGACAGGCCAUAAGAAUGUUUUAUACUUUCUUUAUUGUGACACCAUCAUGUUUUGUCAUCACUGUAAAUGCUUGAGAUAUAGUGAAUCCAGAGGGUGUAGGGCAAGGUGUAUUCGAAGUCUGCCCUGGAAACGUGAGUUCUGCCUUUCCUACGAUUGGGGGAAAAAUACAAAGACCUUUUUGCAGACUUCUAGAAACUGAAUUUUAAGACUCACCGCACUGAUUCAUCAUGAGCUUUUUGAUUAGUAUCCAUGGCUAGCGUGAACCUAACUAGAGUUUUUGCUUUUGCAAAAGUUUUAAGUUUGUUUGAGAAAAAUGCAGCUGUCUCUAAACUGGAAUUUUUUUUUUCAGUGUUCUUUAGAAUUUUAAACAUAAGAGCUCAACUUUUAUGUCUAGCAUAUGCUUUGGGUGCAUUUUUUUAGUAGUGUUUAAAAGGAAAACUUAAAGCACAAACAUUUUGUGCUUUUAGAUACUUGGCUAAUUGUCCCCUGGGAGGCAGAAUGAGAGGGCAUCUCAGCCUCUCUGAACUUGUUACGAGUCUGUCCCCAGCUCUUCAUUGUUGUGACUUGUGACACUUAAGUGAUUACUUUCUUGUUUUAUGUCAUUUAUAUGAGGCUCAAUGCUUCUGAAAUCCAGAUCCCACACAAGCACACUUGCUCUUAGGACUCUUUGAAGCAUACCGUAGAAUACAAAGUUACUAGACACAGCUUCUUCUUCUGUGACAUAUGUUUUCAAACAUCUUUGCCAAAAAGCUAGGUAGAUGGUUAGCUGAAAAGGUGAGACUGCUCCAGAGUUAUACUGAAGUAGCUUAUAGCAGUAAAAAUACGGUGACAGAUUUAAAACACAUUUGAAUUUCUUUGUAGGACAGGUCCAAGAAUGGGCAUGAUAGUUCCACUGUGAUAUUCCUCCCUGGCAGCCCAGGCAUUGUGGGAACUGUUGUGCAGAGUGAAGCUGUAAAAACCUAGUUUAAAAAGAGUAAAGGAGAAACCUGCCCAUUUAGGCAUUGUAGCAAUUGUGUGGCAGAGGGUAAUAAAGACCUAACCUUAGAACCUUAGAAACACAAUUUCUAAGAGCUUAUAAGAAUCCAGUGGGUUGGAGCUACCCACUUCAUCUCUCUUUUGAAGUGAAUGGGAACUCAGAGAGCAAAGAACCUGUUUUGGAAGAAAGCUCUGGGCCAUUCAGCCCCCUGUACUCCUGACUUUUAUCUAAGGAAACACACUGUGAAUGACAGACUUUUCAUUCAGCCCCAGGUGACUUACUAAAAAUAGUUCAAAACAUUCACCUAAGAAUAGAACCUUGGCCUUUUAAAGUAAAAAUGAAAAUUUCAGAAUGUACAGGAUGUUAAUAUCUUAGAGAAAACUUGCUCCUUAUAAUAGAGUGAUUAUAGUUUGACUCCUGAGUGUAGUACUGUCCAUAAUGAUGAGGAAAAAAAUUGUACCAAACAUUUUAAAUCUUAAAUUAUGUAUUUAAGUUGAGCUUUUAACUAACUAUAACUGCUUCUCCUAAAAGUAGUGCCUAUAAAAGUCAGCAAUGGCUUCCAUUCUGGAAAUUAAAUCAUAUAAGCCUCCCAAUAUCACAAACAUUAAAAUUCUUCUCUCCAAAGAAUUUCUUUUAAGUGACAGCUUGACUAUUUUUAUGAUAAGCACAGGAGAGUGUCCCACAUCUUCCAAAAGCAGGCUUUUGUUGCAUACUUGGGUCUAAGGAAGCAUAAUGUUAAAAGUUAACAAGCCCCUGUAAUUACUUCAUUGUGUUAGUGUAGAGAUUGGAAGAUUACUUCAGAAAGAAAAUAUUGACAUAUUAUAAAUUCUUAAAUAGUGAUAGGAUUCAAAAGAAUGCAAACUUUACAUUGUGACACAUAAAAAUAAUGUAUUUGAUGAAAAGGAAGAUGCUACAUAAUUUCUAAAUCUUUGAAAACCAUAAAAAAACAGCAGGCAAUCGAUCAAGGAAAUUCUAGAGAAAACAAAGGUAUUCAAAGAUGGAUAAUUCAAGGUUAAAUAUAUUUUGAAGGCUAUAUCUUUUACUAACAGAUACAUUGUAAGAAUUUAUAUUGAAGUCAUCUGGCAGCUAAGAACUUGAUACAUUCAAAAGUAAAUCUGACAGAGAAGCCAUUACAUGCAAUUACCAUUCCAGAGUUUGAGCUGAGCAAACUGAACCAUCUGUAUUCCUUUCUCAUUCCACAGACAGAAGCAACCAUGUGAAGGUUAUGCAAGUUUAAGAAUGUUCCCUUUUUUGGAAAAGUAAAUUUUAUAAAAGCGUGUGUUUCCUUUGCCACCGGUAUUUUUGCAAAAUUUGAAACCCAAACCAUUGGUCAUGAGCACAGGCAUUCAGUGCAUUCACAUACAUGGUUAGGAGGGUAGCCACACAUUACUUCCCCACAGGGAGAGCUUCCUGGGGCUCCCCGAAACCCAUCAAGACCUGUCAGGUCCUCAGAUCACUGGUAAUGGUGUUUCCCUCAGAAGCAGGAGAAAGCAGUUUCUUCUCGAUGCAGUUUUCAACCUAGUUUUGUUAGAUACCUAUAUCUCAAGCAUUUCUAAUGUACUUUUUCAGGAAAUACAUAAAAAAAUAUUCUUUUGGCCCUUUUUUCUUUUCUGACUUUUGUAAACAACAAAAUAAGGAGACUUCUGAUUUUAAAUCUUUUUUCUCAAUUAGUUUUUUUAGUGAAGUACAAAUGGGCUUUUCAAAAUGAUUUCUAUUUCUUCGCAGUCCCAGGGAGUUAAUUCAGAUAAGUGAAUGGACUUCCACCAUCAUGUCUGUUUCCUUUAUACUGGUGCUCUGGCCUUCAAGAAGAAAUCGAGAGCCACCUGAAAAUAAAUACAGACUUUUUGCACGUAUCAACUUAAAUUCUGUUACAAUAAUUGGAAGUUAAUAUGGUAGGAAAAAGAGGUGCAAAGACCUGUUUUAAAAUUCACACUGUUCUGAGAUGAGCGUUCUUGUUUUAUUCCAGUAUGUUCCACAAGGUGGCACCGUCGUGGCCGGGGUGGUCUGAGCUAGGCUGAUGAGGUAUUUCUGAAUGCUUCAUUCUGACUUUAUUUUUCUGCACAUACUUAACUCUUGCCUAGCACUUGUGUUUUUAGGCUAAUAGUCUUCAUAUCAUUCUUUAACUUAGAUAUUUUAGUUAGCUAGGUUCUGAACGAUUGUCUGUAAUUGUUCUUAAGAGAUAGAUAAUACACUCAUUUUUAUCAUUUAAGUGUGCAAAGAAAGCCUAGGUAUUCAUUUAUUUAAGAGACAUUUUUUGAGGUUCCUAAUUACCUCACUUUUCUAGGUGCAGAAGUUUCAAAGAUGGACGGGCUUAUCGCUAAAAUGGCCUCACUCAGUUUUGUUAGAAGUGUGCAACUCCGCCAGUGCCCCCUCCCCCCACCCCAGCACCAAACCCUCAUCUGCUGCUUUCACAUCCCUACGUUCCCGACCCUGAGGGCCUUCUGGCAUGGAUUACAUUUUUAAUCCCAAUUUAAAAUUCAGAUGAGCAAAAUAAGUAACAUAUCCGUCAUUAAAUAGCAAAGUAAUUUUUUUUCUAAAGAAUUGUCUCUGCUGAAACACAGCCCUGAAAUACAUAUUUGUAUCAUCAGAAGUGUACUUCCACAAGAAAUUACAAUUUUUUUUUAAUUUUAGCUAAACAAAGUUUUUACUUUAAAACAAAGUCUUUAAUUUCUCCAUUCGUGAAGUUCGUGGCAACUUUAUUGUAGAUACAGAUACCCAUAUACUCAUGUUUUCAUUCACAGGUCUGCUCAGAGAGAGACUCAUUAACCCCCAGAUUUCAGUUAGUUUUAGAAGUCACUCUCCUCAGUAGUGUCACUAAAAUUUAGGAGGAAGGAAACUACAGUAUUUUUCAGAGUUUCCUUAGCAGAGCAUAACAGAAGGCAGUUCAUUCUUAAGGAGUGACGGAAACUCCAUAGUGCCUGGUUAACUUUUCUAAAGAGGAACCAGCAGGCCAGUCUCAGUAAUUCAUACUGAGUCACAAAGUACCAGGCACAGCAGGGGCUGUCAAAAAAACGGCGUCGGCCGCAUCCCUCUGCUUAAAUUUUCAUGGAAGCAGGUUACAGUUUAAGGCUGAACUCAAACCACGAGUUGUUAUCAGUUGGGCCAGUCUGAAUUCCAUUUUCUCCUGUUAAAACUUCAGUCCGAAAACCUCCCCGGUGGCGUCACCGUCACCGGCCCCUUUGGCAGUGGAGUGGCAGGGGGCGGAGCUGGCUGGGACCGGCCGCAGCUCACCUGUAAGUGCUGAAACGUGUUUGGACCCGGCGGGAACCUCUCCCGAGGUCCACGUGCCCUGCUGCUGUCUCUGAGGCAUCUGUUCAGCAAUCUGAGGACGUAAAGUGUCCCUAGACGCAAACGGGUGUCUUGUGUGCAUAUAUGAGCACAACGCAACUCGAAAGUUCAGGUGACUAAGAGAUGCUGCUCUGUAAGAGGCUGUCAGGCAUCUCUCAAGCUCUAAGCUCAGUUUUGUUUUGUUUUGUUUAGAUAUGUAUAAUUACAGGAAAGAUUUUUUUUAUUUUUUUAUUUUCUAUCAUGCUACAUAUAUGAUGGCAAAAGAUAUGCCUGGAAAAGAUGUGUUUUGAAAUUUUGUUUUCUGCUUCAUCCUCAGUUGGCAAAAGCUCCUAAUUGUUUUGUUCCUAAUUUUUUUCUUUGUCAAGUAAUUAAAGGUAUAUAAGCAAAUUAUCUCAUGUAGUAGAGGAUUUUCCUGUUUAGAAGAACUUCUGUGUGAAUUUUUUCUCUAAGCAGAUAAUCAACCCUUCUCUAUUUUAGGAGUUUGGAUUGUCAAAUGUAGGUUUGUUUAAAGGGGCACAUAACUACAUACUACUCCAAGAACUGUGACUGUAGCACUAAUCAGCAGGUAUAGAGACACACAGUUACUUAAUUUCUAACUCUCUGUGGUUUCUAGCCAAAAUCCAUUCACGUACUUAGGUUACAGUCCUAAAGAUACCCUUUAUACCCUCACUUGAAAGUUUCUAAUUUUAAGGUUUAUGAAAUGCAAUAAUAUGUAUUACUUAGCAAUAGUUCUGUGCUCACCAGCAACUCUGCAUGUGUCCUUGAAGUCUCUGAAUAAUGAAAAUAGACAACAGCAAUAUUACAUUUCUUGAACCACCCCCCCAGUACAUUAUAUAUCUUCUCAUUUCGGUCCUGUGUUUGCAACAAUUUUUACAUAACUAUUAUAAUUCCUCACUUACUUUGCAAUCAUUUAUUUUGCUAUAACAAGUAAUACAUUAGUACAUAGAGUGAAUAGCAUCAGCUACUCCCAGGCACUUAACAAGUUGGGGAAUAUCUAUUUCAAGUUUUUCUACAUUUGCAUAAAUUAUUUCUAUUAUUAUUCAUUUAUAUUAUUUAUUUCUGUAUCACACUAGUCCUGUGAAAGUGUAACUGAGGCAGACUGCAUUAGGAUAUCCGUUUAACGUUCAUUAUCACGGUCUUGACAGAGUUAAGGAAAUGAAAAUUAGACUAAACCCCCAAAUAAGCUACAUGCAUUUUAACAUGAUAGUAGAACUUCAGUCUAUAGAUAUAGUAUUUUUGUGUCUAGGUGUUUUAAUUAUCAUUAUAUAAAGGAAUUAAAGCAAAGGGCUUUGUAGUUGUCAAAUAUGCAUAUAAUAUAGUGAGGAAAUACAAUAAAAUAAAAACUAUAGCUAGAAAAGCAUCAUAUACUGCCUUACUUUAGGUGCUCUGCCAGGUGCCCGUCGGCGUAGAUGCCAGGCAGAGACAGUAGGUGCCUGGGCAGUGCCCCUUGUCUGGCCUUGAGAAGACGCUUCCCCCGCGUGACCGAGAGCCCGCGAAGGUAGUGUGUGCAGCAGUGGGAACAGGUGGUGCUGUUGAAAGGAGAGCAGUGGGAGUUUUCUGCAGAAGCAGAACUGUCAUCUUGUGCCUUGAGGCUUCCAGAACGUGUUAGAGGGAGAACUCUUAAGUCUCCGUGCUUCACACAACUUGGUUUUGUACAGAAGCAAUCCAGUCUGGUAAUAAAAACAAGGACUGAGUGUGCAAUAGUCAACAGUGGGAUUUUAACAACCAGCACUUCCCCACAACCUGAAAAGCUUGUUGCAUUUCUGGCAUUUUAGGUUUUGAUCUGAAGGUUAAAUGGCAAGUGUUUGGUCUAGAAGAGCAGUAUGUGUUAAGAAAAGCACAGUAUCGGUUCCCGUAGAGUGCAGGUCAGACCUAGAGGGUCUUUUGGGAUCAUCCUUUCUGAGAUGUGUAAAAUGUAGCAGUGUUUCUGCAUUCCUGUAGGGCCUAGUUAAAACUUUCCUCUAGGUUUCAGCAAGGAUGUCACACCCAGUGAGCUUUUCUCUUUUGAUUUAUAAUAGAAAAUGUUGUAAAAGGGGGGGGGGGUCUGAAUUUGGACUUCUGAUUUGUUGGUUUCUGUGUUUGAAAUCACAGUUCUGGAGAUGCAGAGAUUGUGCGUGUGCACGUCAGAUAUGAAUCUAGACGUGGAUCAGCCCAGCAUCACCAGUACUCACCCAUCCCCAGCAUCUCCACCUCCCUCCCCCUGAGGUGCUCCCUGCCCCCAUCCGGGCCAGUUCAUGUGGUGCUCUCCAUCCUCCUCUGCUACUCUUUGGGCAUCAGGGACGUGAUGAGAGAUCCUCUUGGCAUCACUAGUGUGCUCAGGCUUGGCUACCACCCAUACUUGACCUUGGGCUGGCCAUGGUCAUCAAGAGAAGGUUCCUGGUGCUAGGGACAAACAACACCAAUCACAAAUGCCCUCUAGCAUUUUUGUAUAUAUCUUUGAUUUUUAAACCAAGUCAUUCUAUGGAGCAUUCAGUUUUGGUUGUGGUACAAAGAGAAAAACUAAGCAAGAAUACAAACCACAUUUCAGGCUGCUGUUUUCUGUCCAUUUACAGGCUAUACUUUUACUGAAUUUCUUCAUACUUGAAACUCAUUCCGCUAUUUUAAUGUCAGGGUACAGACUUAUAAGGGUGCAUGUCCCUUAAAGGUGCAGAAUUACUUGCAUUCCGUUUGCUCAUAUUGCUCCAGAUGUUCUGUUUUGGUGCUUUGGGUUCAACAGGUCAAAGAAGCAGUGUGGAAAUGUACUGCCUGAAACAGUCUUACAAGAAUGUUGGCAGAUGGUUUGAUGUUAGAUUUGACUUCUGCUUCUCUCUGUACACAAGACUGAAGAGUUACCACACUGGCCUGGCAGGUUCACCUGGGUAUCCUUCCUCACAGGUGCAUAAACCCUGUGUUAUCCCAAAGAGGGAGGGCAGCACAGCUCUAUGAAGGCAGGGAAUCUGCCCACGUAUCCGGAUCAUUUAGCCUUCAGAGAAAAAUGGCCUCAGGGGUAGACAAGCGCAGAAUGGGGAGGACGUCUCACUCUAGCCGCCAUCCCUCCACUCCAUACGGAAAACUCUCCUGAGGCAAAAAAAAAAAAAAAAAAAAAAUUAAAAAGCUUAUCUGUAGAGUUAGCCCCUUCAUGGCACCCUGAGCUGAAUGAUCUCGCUUCCUCCCCUAUAGGUAGAUGAACAUACAGGUCAGUUAAUCUAGACUCUUCCCACCUGAAAAAGAAAAUUAAAAAGUAGGUGUUUGUGUAGUGUGAAAUAUGUAAGGCGCUGACCACCAAAACUUAUAUUAAAUGUCCCACCACUAGGAAUCUGUUUUUGAAAAUAGCUCAAGUAAAGGAUACUUUAUGACCCCGGGGUUUCUGAGGUCAGAGGUUGCCAUUCUAGCAUGCGCCUUACUCUGAGAUGUACUCGGAGAGAGGACAGAACUGCCAACAGUGACCACCGCGGCGGCCAAGGUAACAUGUCAGAAAAUUCAGAGGGUUACAGAUCCAUAAUCCUUUGGAAACUGGAUGUCUUACUGGGUGCUAGAAUGCAAAUUUAGGUAUUUAUUGUCAGGUAAUCGAAAUUUAUUGUUUUUUUUUUUUAAGAAUUGGUGUUAAAAUGUCACUGUCCAGUUCAUUGUUUUCACAUAUACACAAGCUAAACCGAAGCAAAAAGAAAUAAUCGUUUGUAUAUUUGUCAUGCUUUUUGUAUCUCUUACAGUAAGAAUAUUGGUAGCAAAUAAAAAUAAUAAAACCA